GCGCUGAAUAAUGUUGUCAAAACUUUGACAUAUGUAUUUGCUGCAUUCCCCGAUUUUCCACCAAGCCCAAGGAAUUGUCCAUAUUGAAAAACGCAGUUAAUACCAAAAAAUCUAUUGAAAAGGUAAUUCGACUUCUUUUUUAAACAUGUCGUACCAACUUUACAGAAAUACAACACUUGGAAAUACCUUGCAAGAGAGCCUUGAUGAACUCAUUCAGUAUGGUCACAUUACCCCGACAUUGGCAUUUAAGGUACUCUUGCAAUUUGACAAGUGCAUCAACACUGCUCUUAAUCAGCGGGUCAAGGCCCGCGUUACCUUCAAGGCAAACAAAUUGAAUACGUACCGAUUCUGCGACAACGUAUGGACACUUAUGCUAAACGAAGUAGAGUUCCGUGAGGUGCACGAAUUUGCUAAAGUAGAUAAGGUGAAAAUUGUGGCUUGUGAUGGCAAGAGCGGGGAAUUCACUGGAUAAUCUUAAUAACGCUGACACUAUAAGACAUCGCUGCUUAUUACAGUAUCAGACAGAAACAAUAUGCUGAAAUACUAACAUAGGUGUAGCUUCGUAUUGUUUGAUAGGAAGCUUAUGGAGGUAUAAACAUUUAUUAAUGCUAGUAAAGUAAUUUAUGAAACGAAUAUUUGCAAAAAUAAAUACAAAUAAUUUUCUAUGAUAAA